AUGGCCUCGAUCCGCCCUCUUCCGCCCUUUCAGCCCGACCUUCACGAACGCGCCUGGGCCUCGAUACCGCACCCGACACUCCCUCUGCUCGCCACCACGCACGCCAAGAGCGUCACUGUCUUCUCCCUCGCCACCCUUUCCCCCCACAGCACGCUCACUGGCGGCCACACCCGCUCCGUCCGCUCCGUCGCCUGGGAGCCGGGCCUGCCGCCGCACAAGCUCUGCCUAGUGACGGGAAGCUUCGACUCCACCGCGGGGCUCUGGCGUUGGGACGGCGACGGUGACGGCGACAAUGGAGAUGGAGAGAGCGACGGCGACAAGGAUUGGGAGUUCACGCUGGUGCUCGAGGGCCACGAGUCGGAAAUCAAAUCUUGUGCCUUCUCGCCGUCCGGGGCCUACCUGGCCACGUGCUCGCGCGACAAGACAAUCUGGAUCUGGGAGGACGUGGGCGGCGGCGGGCCGUCCGGGGCCGCCGAUGACGAGUGGGAGACGCUGGCCAUUCUGAACGAGCAUGAGGGCGACGUCAAAGCCGUGGCCUGGUGCCCCGACGUGCCCGGGCGCAACGCCCGCCGCCGCUACAGCCCAGACGUCCUCGCCAGCGCUAGUUACGACAACACGGUCCGCAUAUGGCGUGAAGACGCUGACGCAGAGUGGGUCUGCGUCGCCGUCCUCGAGGGCCACGAGGGAACCGUUUGGGGACUUGCGUGGGAGUCUCCUCGCCCGUCCGACGCCGGCGGCGGCGCCCGCUUUCCGCGCCUGCUCACCUUUUCGGCCGACGCGACGAUACGGAUAUGGACGCUCAGGGAGGAGGAGGAGGACCAGGAUGGCGCUGAGGAGGAGUGGGACUGCACCGCCAUCCUGCCCCAGGCUCACAGCAGGGACAUAUACGCCGCCACGUGGAGCAGCCAGUCGGGCCUCGUGGCCAGCGCAGGCUGCGACGGCACCAUUGCGCUCUACCGGGAAGUCCAGCGGCCGGCCCCUCCAGGAUAUACCGCCGGCGCCGCCGACCGUGCCACCGCGCCCAUGGACGAGGAAGGUGAGCCGCAGCAGCACCAUCCACCGCCCCCCGGCCCCUCGACCACGUCGUGGGAGCUGCUCACAACCGUGCCCAAUGCACACGGGCCCUACGAGAUCAACCACAUCACCUGGUGCCGCCGGCACGACGCUGCCGCCGGUGCACGCCGCGGAGAGGAAGAGAUGCUCGUGACGACGGGAGAUGACGGUCUGGUCCGUCCGUGGGAGGUGAGGCUGGGAACGCCGGGGCACCCAGCUGAAGGAGCCGAGAUGGUCGAGGCACCGGACAGAUGA